AUGUCUGAAGCUACCACCCCACUAAACAAGUUGACCACAUUGUUACCAGCACCCCCACCAGAUGUCAACCCUUGGUCUCAGCGCCCUGUUGUAAAGCCAGUUGCUCAGGCCCCUACCAAAAAAGAGCAGUGGCCGGCCCCAGAUCAAUCGUCAAAGGAGAACAUCAAGGAAAUUGCAAAGGACUCAAACGUCUCACCGGCUGUUGUUAAACGCGGCAAGGAGAAGUGGGUUCCUUUGAAGGCCAAUAUAGCCAUUGCAGCUCCUUCCAAGAAUAGCAAAAGCAAGGCUAACAAGAGCAAAAAAUCUGGAAAUGGGAGCGCAGUCUCCAACGGACCAGCCAAUCAAAACAACGUUGAAGGCAACGGAAACAAUAAUGGGGCUAAAUCCGCUACCAAUGGUGAGCAAAAAAAGAAGUCCAAGAGCAAGAGCAAAAGUGGCAAACCCAAGGAAGAGGCUGUAGGCGAGAAGUCCGAACCUACAGCUGAAGUUCCUGACGUCGUUUCUGUUCAAAAAGCUGAGGAUGGUGCAAGCAUAACCAGCGCUAUUAAAGAUAUAGCCGUGGCUGCGGAGGAAGUCGUUGAAGCUGACGGGAAAGUCGGACAAUCGCUACAGCAGGAACAAGAGAAAGAAGUCAAUUCCGGUCAAGACAGAUCAUCCGAAUCUGGUCCGGAGGCCCCGCUACCUCAAUCCCAUCCUCAGACACCUUUACCGGAGCAGUUUUCAGAGUCUAAUGACCCAAAUGCUGUGUUUCUACAAAGAAACGGAUCGCGCCGCUCUUUCCGUAAUCCAAAUGAUGGCAAUGCCUCCUACGGAAACCAGCGCCAUCACGGUUUCAGACACAGCAACGGAAACUUCAGAAGAAAUUCCCAGUCUCCAAACUACGGUAUGCCUAUAAUUCCUCAGCCAUAUAUUGGUGGCAUGAUGUCGGGUAGUCCAUUCAUUCCAAUGAACCCAUACAUGGGUGGAGGGGGGUUCCAAUACCCACAGUUCGUGCCCCCUUUCCCAAUCCCAGAAACAAAGAAGGGAUCUAAGUCGAACAACGAAUCCACAUCAUCAGCAUCUUCGGCUGGAUCUCCGAUUUCUGAAGCUGUUGGAAUAGCUCAGCAGCAGCCCUAUGGAAUGCCACCCAUGAACUACGUUGAUCCUUCCGUUUACAUGAAUCCAUACGGUGGUAAUCCAUAUGUCCAAAUGUAUCCAGCCUCGCAGCCAUACCUGGAUGACCGAGUUUCCCAGCUGGGACAACAGAUCAACUACUACUUCUCCAUCGAAAACUUGCUGAAGGAUCUGUACUUGCGCAAACACAUGAACUCCAAUGGAUUUGUUGCUGUUCAAUUCAUUGAAGACUUUGCUAGAGUAAGGCACCUUGCCAAUGGAGACCACAAUCUGGUUGUGCAGGCAAUCAGGCAAAAUCCCCAACUUGAGUUGGUUGGAACUGGUAAAGAAAAGAAAGUGAGAAGAAAGGAGUCAUGGGAGAAUUGGAUUCUGCCCAAAGACCAAAGAGAUCCUUCUGUCAAGGAUGACUAA